ACAGUCACUUAGAACAUGUGAAUCGAAUGGCUUUUGGUCUGGAGGGCCACCCAUUUGUGUUUACAUUGAUUGCGGCCUUCCGUUUCCCAUAUCUCAUGGCAAAUGGUUACUCAGCAGUAAUACCACUUAUUAUGGAAGUACUGUUGAAUACGUUUGCGAUCAGAACUUUAAAUUGAAUGGUCCGGGAAGGAGGAUAUGCUUAGAGAAUGGCACCUGGAGCAGUUUGCCUCCCAUUUGCGAUGUCGUGACGUGUAAUAAACCCGAAACCAAAGACGACAAGUCCAUUGUCGAGGCCAACAGUUUUUCAGUCGGCGCUAAAGCAUAUUAUUCGUGUUCUUAUGGCUUGGAAUUAGUGGGCGAAGAGAUGCGGACGUGUCAGC